UGUAAGCUCCGCCCCCCGCUGGUGAUUGACAGGUCCUCUCUUGGGGGCGACGCACAGACCAUACCUAAAGAGUCAGCUCGCCGCAGCUGCACGCUUUGGCAGAAGCAGGCGGUUUCUGCGGGAGAAAUCUCGUCGCUGUGGCGGUGGAAGGCGCUGUUGACGCCCGAGUGUGGUGCCCAGAUUGACAACCAUGCCGAAGAGGAAGAUCCGUCUGCUGGAUGUGAACCCUCACAUCACCUGUAUGCUCUGUAAGGGCUACCUGGUGGAUGCCACUACCAUCACAGAGUGUCUCCACACAUUCUGCAAGUCUUGCAUCGUGCAGUACCUUGAAGAAAACAACGACUGUCCAACCUGCAAGCAGGUGAUUCACCAGAGCCAUCCUCUCAACUACAUCAGCCAUGACCGUACCAUGCAGGACAUUGUGAGCAACUUCAGGUGGCAAGUAGCUCAGUUUUCAAUGACAGUGUUCAUCUUCACAGCGGAGCUCAAGAAGCAGCAGGACUUUUACAAGAAGCGCGGCUUGCCGUUUCCUGGACAACCACUCGAUGGUGAAGAGGACAGCAAUGGCAAGUCCACUGCAUCCUCCUCCAAGUCGAAAGAGGAUGAGGACAGUGACUAUCAUCGCAGUGAUGAACAGGUGAAUAUCUGCCUGGAAUGUAGCAGUAACAGAAUGAGGGAGCUGAGGAAAAAAUUUAUCCGGUGCUCAUCGCAGGCGACCAUCAACCACCUGAGAAAAUUCAUUGCCAAAAAACUGGAGCUCAAAGAGCACUCCCAGGUGGAGAUUUUGUGCAACGAGGAGAUUCUGGGAAAGGACCAUACGCUCAAGUUCGUAGCCGUCACACGAUGGAGGUGCAAGGUACGUCCUGUAUACUGUAUCUAUGCUCCCGACCAGCAUUAGGACUCAUAACGCUAU